AUGUUCAGUUUGUCGUCGAAGUUACAAGGACGAGUCAAUGCCAUAAUACGAAAAAGAUGGCGAUUGUUUCAUGCCAUGGACUUUGAGUCGUUGAUGCGUCCCUCUUUUACCUUUUGCUACAUUCUUGGAGUAUUUCCGUAUAAAAUCAAUGCUUCGGCCUUUGAGAUUUCUAAACCACGUUAUAUUCUUUCGACCGUCGCUAUCUGUGCUUGCUUCAGUAGCUUACUGAGCAUUCUCUAUACGAUCGAUGGUGGGUACAUGAAGUUCAGAGGUGUACCAAGGACUCUUGAGCGUAAUUGCUUUUACAUACUCAGCGGUGUUCUAGCGGUCAUCACAUAUAUUUUGAGUGGUCCACGAAUGCGUUUACUUCAAACUAUAAUGGAAAUCUCUUCGAAUUUACCUCCAGAAUCAUACCAGAGGCUAUCCAAACUAAUUCACGCCAAGGAUAUCAUAGGUUUCUUCUUUCUAGUUAUGGAAUUGCCACUAUAUAUUGAAAUGAAUGUCCCUGUUAUACUCAAGAUCUUCGUAGUAUACGUUGGUCUGCUGAUGUUUCAAAUGGACAUGAUGUAUAUGAAUUGUGUUUGUGUAUUGAAGGCAUGUUUCAAGAGACUCAAUGACAAUCUGGAGCAUGUACGGGUGCUCAUGAUAAACGAUGAGAUAAAUCAUCUCGAUCAGAUGUACUACAAACAAAGAAGUCCACUCAUGCUGAUCAAACUAAAGGCUUUGAAAAAGCAGCAUCUGUUGAUUAGUAACGCAGUGCAGAUGCUGAAUAUAACUUUCAGUUUGCAGCUCCUAAUUACUAUAACUCUAACUUUCAUUGAGAUCACUUUCGAACUCUACUUUCAUAUAUUGUAUUGGAAAAGGGGCAUAUCUAUGAUCGAAGUAGAAGACCAUGUCUAUGAAAUAUUCUUGAUGCUGUCCGUAAUGUAUUAUUUUACAAAAAUAACGUUAAUAGUGUGGGCCUGUGAGACCGGCAAGGAUCAGGCUCAACAGAUUGGCACCACUGUUCAUGGCAUGCUUAACAGUGUUGGCGAUAAUGAGAUCAAAAGCGAGUUGCAUUUGUUUUCCUUGCAAAUUAUGCAUCGAGAAAAUAAAUUCUCCACUAAAAGUCUUACUGUGGACGCAAAGCUUCUCACUGCGAUGGCGGGUAACAUCACUACAUACUUGUUAAUCUUGAUGCAAUUUUUAAACAUGCCAAAUUUUUGUGAUAAAGAAAUUGCAAAUAUUACACAAACAAUUCAAUGA